UUCUUCUGUUCAUCCUGGGACUUACAAGAUUUUCAUCCUGGCUCUUCUUUGAUCACCCGUACGAAAACAUUGUGUUUUUUAUGGAGACAACAAAUCAGAAAACUUCAGAACCAGUCGUACAAGAAAUAUGUACAAACAGAACAUCAGAUACACAACAUAAUGAACAACAUGAGCUAACACAGUCUGCGACUUCUAUAGAAGAUGUUACAAACAAUACAAAUGUACAAGGAGAUGCCAUUGACAAUUGUGAUGAAGGGGAGACAGUCCACAAGACUCAUCUUUUGAAGAUAGAGGUACCAGAUGGUGAAGCAGAUUUAGGACAAACAGAUGUAGCUGUUGAGGAAUGGAAGGACAUAGAGAACAUUGUAGAUAUGGAUCCAUCUUCAACAGCUGGGUUUCUCAUUCUGUCAAAAGAAGCUGCUGCAUCCCUUGGAAUGGAUUCUAUUGAAAAUACUCAAAAUGGAGAUGAACCAGCAGCCAAAAGAUUCCGUAUUGAAGGUGGUGAUGGCCAGUCUUAUGUGUUAUCUGUGGCUCCAGAUGAUACUUUGACAACUGAUGAAACCAUUGUAGAAAAAAUGGAAACUGUUCAGGCAACAAAUGGAUCAGUCUUAUUGGGAGCAGGAGAUACAGGAGGCCCAAAACAGUCAGGUUCUGGGAACAGAAAAGCUUUAGAAAGCUCAGAUAUUUCUCAGGCUUGGUUCACUACUAGAGAUGAAAAGGAUGCUCUUCAUAGCAAAGGUGCGACAUGGAAACAAGGACAGUGGACAAAGGAGGAAGUUGCUGUAUUACAGGAGAAUAUUAACAGAUAUUGUGCGGACCGUAAUAUAAUUGAUCCUACACACAUCAUAUUUGAGAUGUCAAAAGAUGAAAGAAAAGAUUUCUAUCGUAAUAUUGCUAGAGGUUUACAGCGACCAUUAUUCUCUGUAUAUAGACGAGUAACCAGGAUGUAUGAUCAGAAAAAUCACAUUGGCAAAUAUACACCUGAUGAAAUUAACACGCUUAAAGAACUUCGUGGAAAGUUUGGUAAUGAUUGGGCAUCAAUUGGUGCUGCUCUAGGUAGAAGUGCUUCAUCUGUAAAGGAUAAAUUCAGACUGAUGAGGGAAACUUGUAAUUCAGGUAAAUGGUUGAGGGAAGAAGAAAGGAGAUUAGCUUCAGCUGUAUAUGAUCUGGCAGGUGUCAAACCAGGUGAAAAUGUUACAACUGGAUUAUCCUGGGCAUUGGUUGCAGAGAGAGUUCAAACCAGGUCAGAAAAACAGUGUCGAACAAAAUGGCUGAAUUAUCUGAAUUGGAAGCAGAAAGGAGGUACAGAAUGGACUCGUGAGGAUGAUAUAAACUUAGUUCUAAAAAUAGCUAAUUUGGAUGUAAAUGAUGACACAGAGAUUGAUUGGAAUGAUCUAGCCAGUAACUGGCCAAGUGUGAGAUCUCCCCAGUGGUUGAGAGGAAAGUGGUGGUCAUUAAAAAGACAUUGUACAGAAUAUCAAAGUAUGGAAUUUAAAGAUAUGUUAGAGUAUCUUAAGACAGUACAUUUACAAAACCUGAAAGUAAAACAGACCCCACAAGCAGGCAGUGGUAUGAAGUUUAUAGGUCUACAGAAUGAUGUCACCACACAGUAUAUACCUAUACAAUUAAAUUCAGGAGUAGAUGAUGGUGGUGAUAGUAUUCAGUAUGAAGUUCUCCACCAAUCAGAUUCAGGGAUGUACCUAAUCCAACCAGCCAAUAGUACCCCUAUCUCACUCAGUAGCAUGGCCAUGGGAACAGAUCAUAUUAUUGUUCAUGCCCUACCUACAACUAACAUAGCAACAAGUGAAAGUGUAUCUGUAGAAAUGAACCCUCAGUCUGUGAUACUCUCAAAUGAAAACAAUAGUGAAGUUACCUCUCUUGAUUCCACAACAAUCUCAUUACCAAUAGAACAAGACUCUCUUUCAGUUAGUAAUGGAGAGCUUCAGCCUUCAACAGAUUUUGAAUCUCCAGUAAGUAUAUGA